UAUGAGGCGCAUGUGUAUCCAAUUUGUAGAUAGUUUGUCCGCUAUCAAAACAGCACUCGGUCUCCUGACUGUUGGAAAGAAAGGAAAUGUUCACUUCAGCAUCUUUGUAAUGGUGUGAAAUGGCUAGAGGAUUUUUUUUUUUCUCAUGAAGAUGGAAGAUGUUUUAGUGAAUGUCUGAUGGAGCAGACCAAAAAAUAAGAGCAGACAUGGAAGAGACCUUCGGAUAUAAGUAUGAGUAAAUCUUAAGUGUUGACAAAGGAAAUUACUAUGAAGAGCAAGGGUCAGCGAGUCCUGUCCAUUGCCAUCAUAUUUUGUGUAACAGUAUGUUUAACAUACUACUCUAAUGUUAAAGUUUGGAAUGGUGGUCGUCUUAGUGAAUUAGGGGAGGAAUCCUUAACAGUGGGAAGUGUUCGAAAACUUCUGGAAGAUGAGGAUCUGGUAACAGAAAGAAUUCACUUUCCAGGCCAACAGAAAAGACUACCUCAAAGUCUGAUCAUCGGUGCUCGAAAGUGUGGUACCAGGGCAUUAUUGGAGUUUCUGGGCCUUCAUCCUUUGAUUCAGCCAGCAGAUCAGGAGGUACAUUUCUUUGAUAAUGAUACAAACUACAAUCGAGGAUAUGAAUGGUACAGGGACCACAUGCCUUAUUCCUAUCCAGAGCAAAUAACAUUAGAAAAAAGUCCAAGGUACUUCAUCACGGAGAAAGCACCAGAGAGAAUACAUCGGAUGAACAGUUCAAUUAAGUUAAUUGUGUUACUCCGAAACCCAACAACUCGAGUCAUUUCAGACUACACUCAGGUAUAUUACAACAAAUUAGCCAAAGGAAAGGAUAUGGAGAAAUUCGAAGAUCUGGUGAUUGACAGAAAGACAAAUGAAGUCAAUACGGGUUUCAGGGCCAUUCAAAUUAGUAUUUACUACCAUCAUCUUUUAAGAUGGCUGAAAUACUUUAAACGAGAGCAAAUUCAUGUUGUGGAUGGGGAUAAAUUAAUUACAAACCCUCUUAGUGAGAUUAAAAGAGUGGAGAGAUUUCUAGGACUUCCUUCAAAAGUGACAGAAAACAAUAUUUAUUUCAAUACAACUAGGGGAUUCUAUUGCAUGAGGACUCCAAAGACAGAGCAGAAGUGCUUAGGGUUAACAAAAGGCCGUAAACACCCUUACAUUGAACACAGUGUUCUACAGAAACUCAAUGACUUCUUUAGACCCCAUAAUAAAAAGCUUUUUUCCUUAAUAAGCCAUACAUUUGACUGGGAUUAAUAGCAGAUGAGUCAGAAAUUGUUUUUCCUGCUCAUUUUUAAAAAAAAUAUUUUUGUUUCUUCUCAAGGGAGUACUCAUAUUGCAUUUUCUCACAUUUAAAAGUCAAGAUUAUGAAACUUUAAUGUGAUUGAAGCUUAUAAAAUUAGCACAAAGAGGGAUUAAUCACUAAUAUUUAAAAUAGAGAAAACACAUGUGAAGAAUAUUUUUCACUUCCUAAAUUACC